GCCAGAAGAUAGAAGGACGCGAAGCCCUUGAAGAAGAAGUUGCAAAGUCCGAGGUCCACUAAACUUUAAUCAAGCUCAAGAAUGUUUUGUUUGCGGGCUGGUGUAAGGGGUGUGCUUGGCAGUGCCAGGCUUGCAUGUCGAUCGAUAUCCGUAGGACAACGAGAGGUAGAACUGCCACGAACUCUUCGAAUAAAGAAUGGAGAAAAGGUCAAACCUACAUUCACUGCAGCGGAGAUGGAACGCAGGCUCACUAUGCUACGUACCGACAUGGAGAACCGCGGCAUCGACGCAUGCGUACUGACGUCUUACCACAACAUCAAUUAUUUCAGUGAUUUCUUGUAUUGUUACUUYGGGAGGCCUUACGCAUUGGUGGUGACCGCUGACAAGUCUACUAGUGUUUCUGCAGGUAUUGAUUAUGGUCAGCCWGGUCGCAGGACAUACGGAGAAAACGUCGUCUACACGGAUUGGCAGAAAGAUAACUAUUUCUUCGCCAUUAACCAAUUGGUUGGAAACAGCAGAAAUGUAGGCUUCGAAUAUAACCAUCUCAAUUUAGACCACAUGGAAAAAUUCAAACAGGUAUUUCCAAAUGCAUCUUUCGUCGACGUUGGUGAUUCCACCAUGAGAAUGAGGAUGAUAAAGUCUGAUGAAGAAAUCGAGCACAUCAAACAAGGCGCAGCUGUGUGUGAUUUUGGUGCUGAAAGUGUGUUGAAUCUGAUAAGGGAAGGCGUACCCGAGCACGAAGUCGCAAUGGCAUCGACGGCAGUAAUGGUGAGAGAGAUAGCAAGACGUUUUCCACACGCUGAGCUGAUGGACACGUGGUCAUGGUUUCAAACUGGUAUAAACACUGACGGAGCGCACAACCCCGUGACUUCCUGAAAAGUACAGAAAGGAGACAUUCUCAGCAUGAAUACAUUCGCUAUGUUAGCAGGUUACUACGUUGCACUUGAAAGAACCAUGUUCUACGACCACGUACCAAGCGACCGCCACAUGGAAUUGUGGGAAGAAAACGCGAAGGUCCAACGACGUGGCAUAGAACUCCUCAAACCAGGCAUCCGAUGCUGUGAUGUUGCAAAAGAGCUUAACGAGUUGUACCGAGAGAAAGGCCUUUUGAAAUACCGUACAUUUGGCUAUGGGUAUUCKUUUGGAGUCUUGUCACACUACUAUGGAAGGGAGGCUGCGCUCGAGCUUCGAGAAGACAACGAGACAGUUAUACAGCCAAAUAUGGUSAUGUCGAUGGUGCCGAUGAUAACAAUCCCAGAAGGCCAACCGGGCGCGGGAGGAUACAGAGAGCAUGAUAUCUUAGUAGUGAAGGAAGAUGGCAAUGAGAAUAUYACCAAGUUCCCUGUUGGACCUCAACAUAACAUCAUCAAAAACUGAACUAUUUAGAGACCAUAGAUAACCGUAUAUGAUAUAAAGGUUCCAGGUUUUUGAAAGAAUAAUUCGUUUUUGACUCAUAUUAUCAAUAAUACUGUUAUUUUUUGCCAUUGUUAAUGUUUUUUGGAUCGCAGAAAAGUUAAGAGAAUCAUGUGAAUCAUUACAAAACUAACUCACAGACUUUGAAGAAAACAUUGUAUACUUUUUGACUAGAUCUCAAGUUACAUGUAACUAAAUUUACAUCUUUUUCAUAAACUCUUGACAUAUC